UGAAGUAGCAGCUUAGCAGAUGGACAAGUGAACGGCCUCCCGUUGAUUGCCAUUGUUAGGGUUUAAGUGAAACUGUGAAGAAUUUAGCGCCUGAAGAAAUGGAGACCUCGCUCAGGUAUGGCGUUGAAUCGAAGUCACUGAAAAUUCACGCCAAGGAGAAAAUCCCUCUCGAUUCCUUCACUCACUUGCAGUUUCAUGGUGAGCUGGACACAAAAAGUGGAGCUCCGAGUUAUCUAAGUGCAGUGAUAAGACAUUUUUAUAAAGAUCUAUCAGUAUCUCUUGGUGUUGGAAUGGAGUAUGAUAGGCGUCAGAAGCUCAGUUACAAUGUACGUGGGAAAAGAGCAUUUCCUGUGACCACUGAUGGCUUCUUGAACUUUCAUGUUAAGGGGAGAUGUGACACAGAUCAAGAAUUUAAACAGAGGAAGCCAAAAGGGUCCGCUGAGUUUAGUUGGGACAUUGUGAAUUUUAAAAAAGACCAAGAAGUAAGGAUCAAAGUUGGCUAUGAAGUCUUUGAAAAGGUUCCGUACCUGCAGAUCAGAGAAAACAACUGGACACUAAAUGCUGACGUGACAGGUAGAUGGAAUGUGAAAUAUGCCUUGUAAGAGAUGCAUAAUUUCUCUAUAUAUAAGGGAGAUGUGUUACAAAUCUUGAAUAAUUCAAUGCAGUCUGCUGUUCUAGAGGUCCGUUGUUUUGAUAUACUCCGUACUAUAUUAGAGAUUAUGGCUUGCUUUGUAUUUGAAAUUUCACAGAGGUCUUGUGGAGAUGAUUUAUGACACAGCAAUAUUGUAAUUUUACAAAUUUCAUGCUCAUUCUUCA